AUGGGCGAAUGCCUGGGAAAGGGAGCUUUUGGCUCCGUUUAUAAAGCCUUCAACUGGGAAACUGGUGAAGUUGUAGCUGUCAAACAAAUGAAGCUAAGUAACAUACCGAAGUCAGAAUUAACCUUCAUAAUGACUGAAAUCCAAUUGUUGAAAAAUUUGAACCAUGAGAACAUCGUAAAGUACAAGGGUUUCAUCAAAACAAGAGAAUAUCUGUAUAUAAUCUUGGAGUUUUGCGAAAAUGGGUCACUACAUAAUAUUUGCAAAAAAUUUGGAAAGUUUCCCGAAAAUCUGGUGGCAGUAUACAUUAGUCAAGUUUUAGAAGGAUUACUUUAUCUUCAUGAUCAGGGAGUCAUACAUCGAGAUAUCAAAGGCGCAAACAUUUUAACAACAAAGGAAGGUUUGGUGAAAUUGGCGGAUUUUGGUGUCGCAACAAAGUCGUUGGGCGACUUCUCUGUGGUCGGCUCGCCUUAUUGGAUGGCACCAGAAAUAAUCGAGUUAUCGGGUGCGACAACUUCAUCAGACAUUUGGAGUGUUGGGUGUGUUGUGAUUGAACUUUUGGAAGGAAAACCUCCUUAUCAUAACUUGGAAGCAAUACCCGCUCUGUAUCGAAUUGUGCAGGAUGAGCACCCUCCUUUACCGGAAAGUGCUUCACCCGUCGUGAAAGAUUUUCUAAUGCAAUGUUUUCAGAAGGACGGCAAUCUUCGUGUGUCUGCCAGGAAACUGCUAAAACAUCCUUGGAUAACAAACGUUCAAAAGAGAGGCGUAGACACUAGGCAAGAGCCAACUGGGUUUGAGGAAGCAAUGAAAAGCGUGCAAGAGUGGAACAAGGCAUUAAAGGGGUCCCCUCAUGAACCGCCUCCAAAGCCGCACAGAAGGAGGAGAAGUGAAUCCCUAAGAUUGGCGGCUACUAUGCCACGAAUGCAAUCCCCACAGUUUAACGGUUUUCCUUCCCCUACUCCAAAAAUAUCUCCUUCAAUUCAGCAAAACAAUCGCCUAUCGGUUACGGUUGAGCCCGAGGACGAAGGAAACAACAAUUGGGACGAUGAUUUUGUGGAUUCUAUACCGAUCUCAAAAAUUGCAGAACAUCAAAGCAAGAAAUUGAACCAUAAAUCAUCCGAAGAGGAUCAAACCAUACGACCUUCUCAAUUUAAAAAUGAAAAGGGAAAAAAAUCGAUGAUCAACGGAGCGCAGAAAGAAGAAACGUCGAUUGAAGAAACGGUUAGGAUGGUACCCGGAGGGGCGGGCAGCAAUUGGGAAUCAAUGCAAGAUACCGUGAUUCGACUGCCAAGGAGCAAUAUUAAAAAUGACAACGGCGCGACACCAGUAAGAUCACUCGCACCAGUUGACAAUAAACAAAAGGAUCUAGUUAGACCGGAACAACCAGCCGUAAAGGCUCUGGUCAAGCAGCACGCUCGCGCUCACAGUGCAAACUAUACCAUUGAUUCUUCGACAAAUAAACCACUACUUCCUUUGCCCUCACAAAAAUCCGUGUCCUCAACAGUUUCUGCAACCACGACAACCGCACUCUUAUCGCGAAGGACUUCUAUAUUAAAGCCGGUUUCCCAAAUUGAAAUACCGAACCAACGAACCUCCGUGCUCACCCCCUCGUUGUCAUCGCCUCUCGGUCAACAGGAUGAUUCUCAAAGUUCUAGCGAGAUAUAUCAAUAUCGCGAAUCCGAUGACGAUGAUGAUUAUAACAAAGUUUUUCAUAAUGAACACGAGGACAACGAAGAUGGAAUAUAUAAUACGUUGAGAUUGAACACUCGAUUAUCAAACAAGGGCAACAGUUGGCUAGGGGAUGACGUAAGCGACGAAGAUGACCCGUUUGCGGAGAUGGAAGAAAACUUUUAUGAAGUGGACAUAGACACGCACAUUGCCAGAGACAAGUUUGUACGUGCGUGUGCCCAUUUGGAAGAACUUAUCAGCGCUCUGCAGCCAAAUGAAAGCGAAGAACGAUUGGUGAUCUUGUGUGAACAAGUAAUUGGACUGUUGAUGGAACACAAGAACCUCAAGAACCAUUUCAUAGUAUUCCAUGGUGCGAUUCCUAUAAUGGAAAUGCUUGAGAUAUGCUCUUAUAAUAGCGUGCUUUCUAGGUUGCUGAAAAUAGUCAACAUUAUUAUUGAGGAUAACAUCAAUCUUCAGGAAAAUUUAUGUCUGGUCGGAGGUAUUCCCAUCAUCAUGAAUUUUACACUGAAGCGCUACCUAUACGAGAUUCGGGUCGAAGCGGCAAUAUUUAUUCGACAAAUCUGUCACACGUCACCGAUCAUCCUCCAAAUGUUUAUUUCUUGUAGAGGGUUGAAGGUGUUGGUUGAGUUCUUGCAAGAGGAUUAUGAUGAACACAAGGAGUUGGUAUGGAUAGCUAUCAAUGGAAUAUCGGGCGUUUUUGAGUUGCAGAGUCCAACACCAAAGAACGAUUUUUGUCGGCUGUUGGCUAAAAACGGAUUGCUAGAUCCGUUGGCUCUUACUUUGCACAGUGUUAUGGCUGACAACGAUCCAUCGGCUAAAGGUUAUGUUGAGAGGAUAGUGAACAUAUUUUCGCUAUUCUCACAGGGAGAUGCGUACGUCAAAGAAGUUAUGGCCACUCGUACAAGAGUGGUUCCGCGUAUCUUCGAGGUUCUUGAAAGGCUAUCCCAAGAUCUGAUGGUGAUCAUGCUUAAAUGCAUAAAGAACAUCUCGAUGAAUUCCAAUACUUUGGAGGCACUACAAAAGGCCAAGACCAUUCAAGUUCUCACGGCGGUGAUGGACAAGCAGGGGCCACCGUACAUCACUGAAAUCUCGAAUCAAGUGCUCAACACGAUGUAUAAUCUCUGCCGAAUCAACAAGUCUCGACAAGAGGAAGCAGCGCGGGCCGGAAUAAUUCCUCAUCUACAAUAUUUUGCUUCAAGAAAGACACCUCUUAAACAGUUUGCACUUCCCAUCUUGUGUGAUAUGGCGCACACAGGACAAGUGUGCCGAGAAUUAUUGUGGAAAAAUAAUGUAUUACAACUUUAUCUCGACCUAUUAAUCGAUCCAUUCUGGCAGGUGAACGCCUUGGAAGCCAUACUUGCGUGGUUUCAGGAGGAGACGUGCAAAGUGGAACGAAUACUUGUGGAACAAAAGAGUAUUGACCUUAUACUAGGGGCUUUUGUCACAGCAAAAGCCAACUCAUUCGAGUCCAUCCUGGAACCAUUAUAUGUCCUAAUGCAGUUAUCUCGGGAUGUGACGUGCGCUCUUGCUCAACCUAAUUUCUUCAAGCGUCUUUUGCAGCGACUGGAUCAUCCCAAACCUGUGGUGAGAUUGAAUUUGCUAAGAGUUUUGAAAACGGUGUGUGACGUGUAUCCACAACGUGAAGUCGUCAUCGAGAAGUACGAACUCAGUAGUAUUAUCCUUAAAAUGAGUAGAGACGAUCCGGCCGUUUUGAUCAGGGAAAAGGCCAAGGAAAUAUUAUCACAAGAUUAUUUUAGUCCCGGUGAUAGGAUGUCACCGAUACCUUCGCCUGCAACACCGUUGAUUGAAAAGGACUGCCCUGUAGGUAAUGGUGAAAUUACGGUUUUUGGCGGAGAGGAACGAAAAGAGAGAAAAAGCGAGUUCGAAAUAAGUGAAGCUGAGAACGAUUCCUGUGAUGAUGUUUCAACUUGCGAGGAGAAAGACGAAGAUGAUGUCAGUUGA